CGUUCGUCGAUCAAGUGCAGCAGGAGAGGCGAUUUCCGCGCCGGGGCUCUUGGAAUGCGCGCGCAGGUAUAUAACUGGGAACCUCCGGUGAGCCGUCAGGGGAGAGAGAGAGAGAGAGAGAGAGAGAGAGAGAGAGAGAGAGAGAGAGAGAGAGAGAGAGAGAGAGAGAGAUGAAACUCCUUCCUGGCUGAAACUCUUCUCCUCGAGUCGCGUGCCUAUGUAAAAGAGAUGCUGCAGCCUUGUGGAGGCCGGACGGAUCUCCGCUUUUCCACUAUACCUGUGUAUACCGACUGCAACUACGGAUCUCGCGCUCUAUUUACUUUUCCUUUCUUUUUGCCGCAGCUCUAUCUCUUUCUCCGCUUUGUACUUGUAUACGCUCCGCAAUUUUCUCGAGGCGAAAUUCAAAGUCACGCGGAGACUGGGAGUAAUUAUCGGUAUUUUUUCUCCUCUGCCAAGCUGUGCACUUAGGUACUUUAUGUAUUUACGUAUUUUACGCGCCGGAAGAUAGACGAGUCUUUAUUUUGGACAAAUUGAAUUAUGAAGAUGAAUCGGGAUCGGAUUACAAGCUUGGCUGAACCGGUUUUAAUUUUAUGCAAAAGAAGAAACAUGAUGAUUAUAUUCGAUACGGUUAUAUGAGAGUUUUUUGAAACGUCGACGACCUCAAGUACAUUUCUCUUUGAUCGCGAGCUGUGACAUCAUGCAAAUUUUCAUAUGCGAUGUGAACAACAAAAAAAUGUAGCAGCAAAACAUCACGAGAUUUAUAUUUUAUACAAGCUUCGCGAGAUCUAUUUCGUGUCUUGGUAGUGUAUAUAAUUUUAGCUCUGAUGAGCUCGAGUUUUUAUUUCAGAGAUAAAGUCUAUACUCUGCGCACACAACGCAAAGAUGAAAACGAUUAUGCAUGCGUAUAUACUUUCCACAAGCUCUUAUCGAGCUCCUGAUAAUAUUCUGCACAUUAAUUACUUGCGCGUAAAAAAUUAAUUAAUACAAUAAUUUAUUUGUAUGCAUGCAAAAAAUUAUACUAUAUAAAGAUCUAUUUUAUCGGUAACCAAAAAAAAUAAAAUGGAAAAUUUAAUAACUUCGCAGCAUUGCACAAAAAGUCUCGAAAAAAAAGAAAUAUUCGGACGAGCUGAAAAUCGUCUGAUCUAAAGUUACUCCGAGCCGCCAGUGUGUAGUUCCGUAUGCGGAAGCAACGAAGUGCGGAGGCAGCACCUUUAUAAAUACCAAGCGAACACGUGGGCACAACAUUAAAGCCGCGCAUGCACCGAACGAAGCUAUGUUAAAAUAUGAUAACGCGGGCAUGUAUACCAGCUGUGGAGACCGAGAAUUUAGAUUACAAAACGCUUUAGUCUCGUCGCCGCUUUCUUCGGGAACGUCGCCGGCAUUAUCGAGGCGAACGUUUUAUCGCGGCAGUCGCGAGUCUCGACCUGUUUGUCAUAUUUUUUAACUAACAUUCGCGACAUGAAGAUCGCCGUUGGCUGGAGGUGUCUCGAGGGUUGAAGAUCGGCAUGGUGUUUUUACAGUUAUAGUGAAGAGAAAGCCAUGACCACGUGCAUGCGUUGUGAGGUGCAGUUGUGACGAUACGAUACGCUAUCGAUGUGGAAAAAGGCGGGAAAUGAGAAGCGACGGUCUGAUCGGUCAUAGGAUAACAAGUACCGAUUUCUCGCAUGAGACUUGGAAUGAUUUCGGGCAUUUGUUAUUGAAGAGUUGUCGGUUGUGAUUUUGUAUGAAUAAUUUUGGUUUCUGAAUUAUAAAAUACAUUCGACGAUGUCAAACGCGGGAAGUUCGAAUCAGUCGGAAAAUAGCGAGGGCAGUGAAGACCGUGAUCAGAACGAUGAGAAUAUUAUUCAAGUGUUAGUUGCCGCAGACAUCAACCUGGGCUACGAGCAAACAGUGAAGAGAGAUCAAGAAGACGACAGUUUCAGAACGUUCGAGGAGAUUCUCAUUUACGCCAGAGACUACGAGGUUGACGCCAUUCUUUUCGCGGGAAACCUCUUUUACGAAGCGAACCCUCCACUCAAUGUGAUAACCAGAUGUAUUAGUUUGCUGAGAAAGUAUUGUUUAAGUGAUAAACCAGCGAAGAUAGACUGUUUGACGGAUCCAGAAUGGAUCUUCAAUCACUGUCCCGAUAAGAUAGCCAAUUUCAAGGAUCCGAAAUUGAAUAUUGGAAUGCCCAUUUUUGCCAUUCAUGGACAUCGCGAUGCCCCGCUUUUCGGUCCCGUCGGAGCCUUAGAUUUAUUAGCCGCAACCGGACUUAUAAAUUACUUUGGAAAAUGGCCGGAUAAAGAUAAAAUUAGCAUUCCGCCUGUACUGCUCCGCAAAGGUAUAACAACCUUGGCGCUUUACGGCUUGAAUCACAUGAACGACCACAAAUUAACCAAAUGCAUCAAACGCGACAAGCUCGAACUCCUGCAAGAGGAAACGAUUCCCGAUUUAUGCAACGUUCUGGUACUGCACCAGAAUCGCCAGAGACGCGGCAGAGCGGAGAACAUGUACGUCUCUGAAAGUUUGAUACCCGAUUUCUUGAAUCUCGUUGUGUGGGGACACGAGCCUGUUUGCAAAAUAAAGCACGAGUCCUUUCCUAACAAAACUUUUCGCAUAACGCAGCCAGGCAGUACAAUAGUGACGACGUUAACGCGAGGUGAGACUGUGCCAAAACAUGUAGCCAUAUUAAAAGUUUACAAAGACUCGUUCAAGAUGAAAUACUUGAAAGUAAAAACCAUCAGGCCGUUCGUAUACAGUCGAUUGAAUCUAGACCAACAUAACGUUGGAUUGUCAAACUUUCAAUAUCGGCCAGGGCCGUUUGGAAAAAUAAUUUCGAAAAAACGAACGGAGGCCGUUCAAGACUUUGUUGAUAGUUAUAUCGAGAACGUCCUCUUACCACAAACUCGUGAACAAGAAACAGGACAUCCCAAGCAACCGACAAAGCCUUUGAUCCGAUUAAAAGUUCUGUGCAGUCAAGAGCAAGAUCGUUUUAGCGCCGUCAGGUUGGUAAAUAAAUACCAAGAAGAAGUAGCAAAUGCAAAAGAUAUGAUCUUACUGUGUGAUACUUCUACAGCAUUCAAUUAUCUUGAGUUUGAUGACGAUGACGACGAAAACGACGAUUACGAGGAAUUGUCCACGAUUUAUUUUGCUGACGAAUCGCGCGAGUGGUCACGGACUGUAGAAGGUGGCAUGUCCGAAUACUUCAACCGUGACGAAAACAAAGGGAAACUAAAAGUAUUGUCGUUGAACAAUCUGAACGAAGCAUUGGUCAAGUUCAAAAAUGAUGAUACUAAAGUAUUCGAGCGCGUAGUAAGGGAUGACAUGCAGGAUGUAGUCAACAAAUUGUGGAGUAAAAAUGUUCCUGCUGUCAAUGCUAUCGAGUCGCUUGAAAAUUAUCGAAACGAAGAUCGCUUUGAGGAAAUAAAGGAGGAAAAAAUGAUUUUGACUGAUGAAGACGAUGCAGAUGAUGAUUGCAUUAUGUUGACGUGAAUGCUGAAACGUAAUCGUAUUUUGAAUAAGAUUAUUAUAAUAAGAUCCGUUAUAAAAUGUGUACAUAAAUCAUUACAUUGAUGUCGAAA